CAUGUGACCGGAAGCAGCCACGGCGAGUCAGCUGACACCCAGCGCCGCUGUCAUCUUGCUGCUGAUUCAGUUUGUGUUGGUGGAGUGAGUAGAUAUUGUUCGAAACGUAGUAUGGCCGGACGGGGUAAAUUAAUCGCCGUUAUCGGCGAUGAGGACACAUGUACGGGGUUUUUAUUAGGGGGCGUUGGGGAGCUGAAUAAGAACCGCAAGCCCAACUUCCUGGUGGUGGAGAAGGACACCAGCAUCACCGAGAUAGAGGAGACCUUCAAGAGUUUCCUGGCCCGCGACGACAUUGGCAUCAUCCUCAUCAACCAGUUCAUAGCUGAGAUGAUCCGCCAUGCGAUAGAUGGCCACAUGCUGUCCAUCCCCGCCGUCCUGGAGAUCCCGUCCAAAGAGCACCCCUACGACGCCUCCAAGGACUCCAUCCUGCGCAGGGCCAAGGGCAUGUUCUCGGCAGAGGACUUCCGAUAGGGCUGCUGCUUCGCAGGCUGCAGCAGGUUUCCUCUGCCCCCGAUUCCAGGAUAGCCAUUUGAUUCUGUGUUUUGGUUUUCAGGGUGUCAUUUCAUGUUGGGAAAGAUGGGAGACCUUGUUUUGCAGACAGCUAUUCACAGUCAGAUGUGUGGUUUGUGUGGCUGUUCUACAGUUAGCAUGUUUUUAGCCACUGUGUUUGUAGGUGUAAUGUUAGGGGAGACCUGGUCACAUUCACAGAUAUAUUUAUGUGUAUAAUUGUAUUUAAUGUCACCUCACUUUCACAGGGACACUCAAGGGGAAUGUUAUACACUUGGCAGUCAGUAAAUUUUGCACAGUUGCAAAACCCCAAGUGGCAUUAUGGGAUAUGGGACCCCAUCUUACACGUGUGACAUUCGUGGUACUUUUUUCCUGCUGCAUUAAAAGGAGCUGAAUAUGGAAAGCAGUAAACGCACUGCAGUCAGGCUGUAAUUAAAAUGUUUGAGUAUCUGGAAAUCCUGAACUUGAAAGUCAGCGAGAAUUAAUGCUACUUAACUGUAGAAUUGUGAGUCAUGUGACUAGACUGGCCGUGCUUCAGGGAUGGAAAUGUUUUGAGGAAGCAUGUGCGUUUCCUGCGAUUAAAAAUACAUACAUGUAUCAGUGGAGUAUUUUAGUUUAAUCAAGCAACAGAAUUCUGUUUUAUGUCACAAUUUGUAACAUCUGGAAUAUAUUUAUAUAUUAUAUAGGAUACUCUGUUCUUCCGUGCAGUGUGAUGAACUGUUGAAUCUUCACAGAAAUAUUUAAACAACAUACUAGUGAAACCUGGAGUUUAUUCCAAUCAUACUUUUUCUUGUGUGUGACUUUAAAUUGCAAUAGUUGUAAUCUUGUACAACAUUUUCCCCAUAAAUAUGUUGGGUUUAUUAUGCAUUGAGAUUUUUUUAAGUAGCUUUGAGAAAAUCACUGCUUGUGUGAAUCUAAGCUAAUAGUUACUGCCAAUGAUGAAUAAAGGCAGUGACUCUGCAUGCAA